ACAACAAAGAAACUAAAGAUGCAGGACUGCCUCAACUAAUCAGCUAAUAGCAUCUCUGAACUCUGAUUUCACAGGGUUUAGGAUCUUUGCAUAAUUUUUUAAGUUUCACAUUUCAAUCUGUUUGUUUAUGCAACUUCAACUAUUGCAUGCAUUCUCUAGAGAUUCUUUUCUGAGGCAUAUGGAAUUUGACCUGAGUGACAGGACUAUCAGGUUUGUCUUUAUCUUGAUGAGUUCUUGUCUCUUUCACCAGGGAGAUAGUUGUGCAGUUCAAUGCUGAUGUCUGUGAUGGAAUGCCAUGGAAAUUUAUUCCGACUCAAAGAGAGGUAAGAGUCAAACCAGGAGAGAGCGCCCUAGCAUUUUAUACUGCUGAAAAUAGAAGCUUGAAACCAAUAACUGGCAUGUCUACAUGUAAUCUUGCCCCAUUGAAGGUACUGUGACGUAUCGAAGUAUUUGCUCAUAAUUUUUAGAUCUCUGUACAGAAUUAUCCUCCAUUCUGCGCUUCUGUGGCAUUUCAUGAAACAUGAUCUUUGCUUCAUUUUCCCAAUAUAACCUCAUAUUCACUCAUCAUUAGGAGUGCCUAAAGCUGGGACCUAGAAAAAAAUAUCUUGCCAUUCCCUUUUUCCUGGACUUUCUUCGAAAUAAACGCGUAUUCUUUUGAAUUGUUUAUAGAUAGAGGUAUGACUGUUAAGACAAUAGAUCAUCUUAUGCAUGAAAGAAUGAGUGGUUGAAAAUAUUUAGGAUAGAGGUGGGGUGAUUUUGAUUUUGAUGCGAAAGAAUGAAUGAUCAGCACAUUUAAUACUGUGAACUGCAUUUUUUGUUGCCCUUUCUUUUUAAUUAUUAAUGCAACUGGACAUUGUUACAUGAUAUUUUCUCAACAUAAUCUGUUCUAUUUUUUGUGGGGAUUUCCUUCUGGGGACUGAGAAAUGAUGGUAGAAUUGUAUUCAAAUAAUCAUGGGAGAACUUUAGCUGAAAUGCAGGACUACUUGUGUCUUGCUGCUUAAGCAUUAUUUCUAUUGGCACCGAUGGGGUCUUCCUGCAUCAUUUUUGGGUUUCAUUUAUUUGUGUUUCAGCACCAGUAUUGGAAAAACAGACAGUGGGCAUGCACAUGAAGGCUGAAGCUUAAGCAUGCAUGAUAAUACUUGUACAAGGAUCAGGGUGGUGUGGUUAUGACGCCAAUUAAAUUGUUAAGGCAACCAAAAUUCUGUUAAUAAAGAACUGAUUCUGUC